AUGGUGAAUUCCAGUUCUGCUCCUGAAAAUGUUACCAUGAUGUUCUCUUAUACCCAAGAGGUUGAUGAUGUCACCAGAACUGUUUUUUUGAUUAUGUCCCUUUUGUGUUUCUCCUUCUUCUUCUACUUAAUCGCUGUUAUGCUGAAGGUCUUCUUCACCACUCCUCACAUACAGGAGAACCCUCGAUACAUCCUCUUUGUCCACAUGCUCAUCAAUGACAUGUUGUAUAUCAUCUCGACAUAUUUCAUGGUAUUGUCUUACAUGCAUUCUAUUGAUUUCCCUGUAAUAGUCUGUUUCAUCAUUCAAAGCUACUUUGGUUGUUUUUUCCUAAUGACCCCAUACAACUUGGCUGUCAUGUCUCUAGAACGCUACAUAGCCAUAUGUUUCCCACUGAGACACUUACAGUUGUGUACACCAAACACAGCAAAAUAUGCAAUUGCUGUGGUCUGGGUGAUUGGAUUGUCUCUAAGUACUGUAAACUUCAUUACCAUGAGCUACUUCACAGAAAGAACCUCAUAUUUCCUUUAUGAGUUGUGUGGUGCUACAAAGGUGGUAAGUCCCAUACAAAACGUGAUCAGGACCGUGAUCAAUAUCCUCAGCUUCACCAUGGUGGCCUUGAUUAUUCUAUAUACCUACAUUAAUGUCAUGCUGGUUGCCAGGAAGGUUGGUUCUGGAGGUUCUUCAACCCUUAAAGCUAAGAAAACUGUGCUGCUCCAUGCCUUACAGCUACUGUUAUGUAUGGCUUCCUACAUCUCCAACACAAUAGAGACCUAUGUAAAUUACAUGUAUUUUUUAAUCUUUUCCAACUAUGUUUUGUUCACGUGUGUGCCCAGAUUACUCAGUCCACUGAUCUAUGGGAUAAGAGAUGAAGCUUUUCAAAAACAUAUAAGAAAAGCUUGCACAAUGACUUAUGUCUGUCGACCACAAUGA